UCUCCUCCAAAAUCCAAACUCCUCUCUCUCGUCUCGUCGCGGAGGAAGCCAUGAGCUUGGCUUAUCCGCUCCUCCGCCUCCCAUGCCGCUGCUCGCUGGCCGCGCCGCCGCCGCCGCUGCGGGCGUCGGCUGCACCGACUAUAUCGUUGUCCAUGUCGACGUCGGUCUCCGUGGAGGGAGGUGAGGGUGAGCUGACGGGGCGGGAGAGGCGGAAGCAGCGGGGGGAGAGGCGGGAGCUGCGGGCGCGGGACUGGAAGGAGGAGGUGCAGGAGCGGCUCAUCCACGAGCCGGCGAGGCGGCGGAAGAAGCCCCCGAAGAGGACGUGGCGGGAGAAUCUCAACCUCGACCUCCUCGCCGAGCACGGCCAGCAGUGGUGGCUCGUGCGCGUCUCCAUGGCGCCCGGCACCGACUACGUCGAGCUCCUCACCAAGGCGAUCUCACGAAGAUACCCUGAGCUCUCGUUCAAGAUUUAUAAUCCAUCCAUCCAAGUCAAGAAGAGACUGAAAAAUGGCUCAAUCAGUACAAAAUCAAAGCCUUUGCAUCCUGGGUUGGUCUUUCUGUAUUGCACCUUGAACAAGGAAGUUCAUGACUUCAUCAGAGACACUGAAGGUUGUUAUGGUUUUAUUGGAGCUACAGUUGGUUCUAUCAAAAGGCAGAUUAAAAAGCCUAAACCUAUUCCAGCUGAAGAAGUCGAAUCGAUUAUUAAGGAAGAAAAGGAGGAGCAAGAGAGAGUUGACAGAGAAUUUGAAGAAAUGGAAAAUGGAGGAAAUGUUGAGUCUUUCAAUAAACCCGUUGAAGAUUCUGAACUCAUGCUAAUGAAUAAGAUCAAGAGACAGUUUAAGAAAUCAACCUCCAAAAGUAGCACCAACCACAGUGCUUUUACACCUGGUGCUAGUGUUCAUGUUCUUUCUGGACCUUUCGAAGGCUUCACUGGUUCCCUCCUGGAAGUAAAUCGCAAAAAUAAGAAGGCCACUCUUCAGUUGACACUUUUUGGGAAGGAGAGCUUUGUGGAUCUAGAUUUUGACCAAAUUGAGGCAGUUGAUACUUAAUGGUAAACAAAAAAAGUCUUGCGAAUCAUUAGUUUUUGUCAGUACAGCUGGGGCCCGGAGGAAAAUAGCUAAGAGCUUCAUUACAUUGAAUCCAUUGAACACUGAGCAACUACCGUGACAAAACUGUUACCUUGUGGGCUACCUCGAGAACUGACCAGAGAUGCUGGAAUGCAAGCUUAUAAAACAUGACUGCAUGAGGGUUAGAUUUGUUGAAGCAGGAAAGUCACAACAUACAUCCAUCUGGCUUCUCUCAGUUUACUUAUAGCUGUCGUGUAGUAGAAAACAAGGUUCAAACUUUUUAGGUUGGUGUCAAUAGAUGCAUAGGCUAUUCGUUUCAAAAUGUUUGUUGAUACCUACAUUUAUCAACGAAUUUAAUAAAAAAGCAGCAUUCUUUGCACUGAGUUUUUUUU